ACGCUUCAUUGUCCCGUGUCAAGAGCAGAGAAGAAAUGCAUUUUCUGGCGUUCACAGCGUCGUAAUGUUUAUCGUAGUUAAAUUUUAGUUGGAACUAAUACAAGAUUUGCAGAAACAUAUACUUUAAAAGACUUUGACGGUAAAUCUAGCUGCGAUUUUUAAAAGAACUUUACAUUAUCUUAUUUUUGAAAUAUUGGUUCUAUUUGGAAUUCUGCAAACAACCGUCUUGUGUGUACUUGUGUGAACUUGUGUGAACGGUUUUUCUUUUCUCAAUGUGAAUAAUUUUAUUUUAAGUAGCGAUAUGAUUGUUACGUGACCAGAUUUAACUUUGUAACAAUCUUCAACGGACACAUAAUACGUGAUCACUCUCCUAUAUACAUCAUUACACAGUGUAAAAUAGACAGAAAUAUUGGAGUAUAUAGUGGAGUAAAUAUUGGAGUGUAAUCAUGGCUAUGCAUACUGUACCGCCUAAGCGAAAAGAGAUCUAUAAAUAUGAGGCUCAAUGGCCACUGUACAGCAUGAAUUGGUCUGUGAGACCUGACAAAAGGUUUCGUCUAGCACUAGGAAGUUUUGUAGAGGAAUAUAACAACAAAGUACAAAUUGUUUCAUUGGAUGAGGAGACAUCUGAAUUCAGUGCCAAAAGUACAUUUGAACAUCCUUAUCCAACCACAAAAAUCAUGUGGAUACCAGAUAGCAAAGGUUUGUUCCCCGAUCUUCUGGCUACAUCUGGUGAUUAUUUGAGAGUAUGGCGUGCCGCGGAGCCAGAAACCCGUUUGGAAUGUGUCCUGAAUAAUAAUAAGAAUUCUGAUUUCUGCGCACCACUCACAUCCUUUGACUGGAACGAGGUGGAUCCAAAUUUAAUUGGAACUUCAAGCAUCGAUACAACCUGCACAAUCUGGGGACUAGAAACAGGGCAAAUGAUGGGCAGAGUGAAUAUGGUUGCUGGGCAUGUGAAGACGCAACUAAUUGCACAUGACAAGGAAGUAUACGAUAUUGCAUUCAGCCGUGCUGGAGGCGGUCGGGAUAUGUUUGCUUCUGUUGGCGCUGACGGAUCCGUGAGAAUGUUUGACCUACGGCAUUUGGAACACUCAACAAUAAUCUACGAGGAUCCACAGCAUACUCCGUUGUUGCGGUUAGCAUGGAACAAGCAAGAUCCCAAUUAUCUUGCUACUGUUGCGAUGGAUGCGUGCGAAGUCAUCAUUCUAGAUGUUCGUGUGCCGUGUACACCAGUUGCGAGAUUGAACAAUCACAGAGCUAGUGUUAAUGGUAUAGCUUGGGCUCCACAUUCGUCCUGUCACAUUUGCACAGCCGGCGAUGACCAUCAAGCUUUGAUUUGGGACAUACAGCAAAUGCCAAGAGCAAUAGAGGAUCCUAUACUGGCUUACACCGCUGCGGAAGGCGAGGUGAACCAGAUUCAGUGGGGCGCCACGCAGCCCGAUUGGAUAGCUAUUUGUUAUAACAAAGCAGCUGAGAUCCUCCGAGUAUAAAUAAAAAGUAUUGUGAGACGCGUUUGUUCUCUAAUGAAAUAUUUAUUAAGGUAGAUAUGGCUAAAUUAGCCUUUUUUAUUAAGACAAGACAUACGAAAUUUGAUAAGAAUCAUUAUGAGAAUCAUCAUAAGAAUUUUAUUUGUUGCGUCAUAUAACUGUAUUUUUAUAUAACGCAACACAUAAACACAUAUUUAUAGAAAUAUUAGAGCUCUUAUAUUCAAGUAUAAUAUAUAGUUAUAGUAAAUGUAUGUUAUACUUAGUGAAAUUGAUUCGGAAUUCUGGAUACUUAAAAUCGCAUCAGUAAGUUUACGAUUAUCAUGAAAACGAUCAGAUAAUAAUAAUCGUAGAUGGUAGUAUUAAUUAGCUUACAGAAUGUGAUGAUGUUAUUUGUGAUUACUUAGCAUUUUUAUAAUAAGUAAUGUACAGAUUUUUAUAUAGAUAUAAGCUUUUGAUAUACGAAUAUAUAUGUAUAUAUAUAUAUAAUCUGAACAUCUCACGUUUUACAAAUGCACUCUACGAUUAUCUUCAU